AUGGUCGGAAUACCGAACCCAACCAGUUCUGUUCCGAAUCCCACGCGAGACAAUAACCUCGCUGUCUCCCCUGUUCUAUCUCUGAAAUUAUGUUCUUCUUCCUCCUCCUCCUCCGUAAUCUCCGCCGCACCCAUCUCCAUCCGCCGCCGCAUCUUCCCUUCCCCUCUCUUCUCCGCCUCCGUCGAUAACGGCGGGGCCGAUGGCGGGGGCGGCGGAAACAAUGGGGACGACGAGGGGGGUGAGGACAGGGAGAGGAACAAGAAGGAGGCGAUGAUGGUUUUGUCGGAGGCCGCGUUCGGUCUGGAGAAUCUGCCGAAGGAUCUGGUGGCAGCGAUCGAGUCGGGUCGGAUUCCCGGGUCGGUGGUGACCCGGUUCCUGGAGCUCCAGAGAUCAGCGUUCAUGCGGUGGCUGAUGCAGUUUGGUGGGUUUAGGGAAAGGCUUUUGGCCGAUGAUCUCUUCUUGGCUAAGGUUGCCAUGGAAUGUGGCGUUGGUGUCUUCACCAAGACUGCUGCGGAAUAUGAACGCCGAAGAGAAAACUUCUUCAACGAACUCGAAGUUGUUUUCGCCGAUGUGGUGAUGGCUGUCAUUGCGGAUUUCAUGUUGGUGUAUCUCCCGGCACCUACCGUUUCACUACGGCCGCCUCUGGCGCUUAAUGCCGGACGGAUAUCCAAGUUCUUUCACAGCUGCCCAGAUAAUGCUUUCCAGGUUGCUCUCUCCGGCACCUCGUACACUCUGUUGCAAAGGGCGGGUGCUAUAUUGCGCAACGGGGCGAAAUUAUUUGCUGUCGGCACGACAUCAUCGCUGGUUGGAACCGCCAUUACAAACGCUGUGAUCAAAGCUCGACAAGCUGUGGACUCCGAAGCUGAAGCCGAGAACAUCCCGAUACUCUCCACGAGCGUAGCUUACGGUGUGUAUAUGGCCGUUUCCAGCAACCUCAGGUACCAAUUGCUAGCAGGUGUGAUUGAACAACGUCUACUGGAGCCAUUGCUGCACCAGCAAAAACUUGCACUGAGUGCAUCGUGUUUCGCCGUUAGAACUGGCAACACAUUCUUGGGUUCGCUAUUGUGGGUAGAUUAUGCUCGUUUGAUCGGUAUCCAGAAAUCUCACUGAUGACAGACGAGGAUGAUGAAGAAGAAGAAAGCAGCAGCAGCAUUGGCAUGAAAGAGUCCUUAACCGGAAAACCAAACCCGGUUCGAUUUUGCUUGCUUUAAUUUAUAAUAUAAGCAUUGGGAUCGGUUUGUUUUUCGGCUGAAUCGAAUUUCCCCCCAUUUGAAGAAUUGUCGAUUUUUUGUGAAAGAUAAUACGAUUCCAUUUAACCGGA